UGUUUGUUUGUUUUUUCUUUUUUUUUUUUUUCUUUCUUGGUGCGGGUGCUGAUUGUUGGCUGCUUUUACAUUUUGUGCGGCUUGGCCUCUCCUUCUCUCCGGGCGCGGUGCAUCCGCUGUCGGCAGGGCCGGCAGCGGUUCGUGGGUUGGAUUGGGUUUGGUUAGGUUAGGUUUGGUUUGGUUAGGUUGGGUUUGGUUAGGUUGGGUUUGGUUAGUUUUGGUUAGGUUAGGUUGGGUUGUGCCGGGGCGCGGCUCCAGCCGCUGCCGCCCUGCUCCAGAGCGGGCCCCGCCCCUCACGGGCCGGCAGCGGCUGCUGAGGGCCCCGCGCGCCAACGGCCGCCGCUGGCGACAGCCAAUCAGAGCGGGGCGCUGCGGGGCGUGAGCCAAUGAGAGCGCGGCGCGGCGCACGGCGGCCGCCCGGGCGGUUUGAAGGCGAGCGGGCGGAAUGGCGGAGCUGCGGCCGCCGGGACCGCGGGGGGACGGCCACGACUCGCCCGCCGCCGGCGCCGACCCGCGGGACCGCGCCGAGCGGGCCGAGGAGGUGCAACAGGAAGAUGCCGAGAGCGACUGGAGUGCUGACUCCUGGAGUGACUACGGCAGUCGUGACAAACCAGGGACUACUCUGGGCAGGACUGUGCCUGACGGGAACGUGAUUUUUCCGGAUAUUUUUCACACCGAUCACCUUCUGUUUUAUGAGCGAUUCAGAGCUUACCAGGAUUAUAUCUUUGCUGACUGCAAAGCUUCUGAGGUGAAGCGGUUCAUAGCUGAGUACCUGGAGAAGGUCCUUGAGCCCUCUGGCUGGCAGGCAAUCUGGCGCACUGGUGUGUUCGAGGUGCUUGUUGGGGUGGUUGAUGUGAAUUUCCAGGCCCUGAAGGCAGUUGUGCAGCUCAGUGAGCCGUUCCUGUGCGAGUUCCAGGACAGCAGCUUUACCCCGGAGUCCAUGCGGGAGCUCCUGGAGCUGAAGGAACAUCAGGUCCUGCUGCAGGAGCUGUGGGUUGUGUAUGAUGAGUCAGGAGAGUUUGACCAGACAGCACUAGCCAUAGAGCAUGUCAGGUUCUUCUACCGGUGCAUCUGGAGGACCUGGGAUGAGGAGGAGGAGGAUGAAUUUGAUUACUUUGUGCGAUGUGUUGAGCCUCGACUGAGACUGCACUACGACAUCCUGGAGCACCGCGUGCCCUCGGGGCUGGUAAUUGAUUACCAGAACUACUUGUCUCAGUGUGAAGAGCUUUAUGAGAAGUUUUUAAAUGUGAGGAACAGCAUAUCAAGCAAUGAUUCGGACUCAGAAGCAGAGAACGUUUCCAUGGUGGAAGGACUAAAAUUGUAUGACCAAGUGGAGCACUUAAAACAAAAGCUGAAACUAAUUGAGAAUCCUCUGCUGAGGUACGUGUUUGGUUACCAAAAAUAUGGCAGCCUCCAGGCUAAAGGACUGAGACCAACGGGUGCCAAGGUCAUCCAUGUUGUGCCCUGGACCAUGACAGCAAAUCUGCUCCAGCUGUUGGCAAGGGACAAACUUUGCCCAGAACCUUGUGAAGACUUAGAAAUACAGUUUCACUGUGACCCACUGGCCGCUGUAAAUGCCUGUUAUGAAGGAGACAGAGUCAUCAUCUGCCCUGGCCAUUAUUUUGUCGAUGGCAUGUUCUCCAUUGCUGAUUCAAUAGAGCUAGAAGGCUAUGGCCUGCCAGAUGAUGUCGUGAUAGAAAAACAAGGCAAAGGAGACAACUUCUUUGACUGUACAGGAGCCAAUGUAAAGAUCUCCAAUUUGAAGUUAGUGCAGCAUGAUGCUGUGGAGGGGAUUCUAAAUGUCCAUCAUGGGAAAACCACACUGGAGAAUUGUGUGUUACAGUGUGAAACCACUGGAAUAACAGUGAGGACAUCAGCUGAGCUACUGAUGAGAAACUCAGAUCUCUAUGGGGCAAAGGGUGCUGGUGUGGAAAUCUAUCCAGGAAGCGCGUGCACCCUGCUGCAGAACGGGAUCCACCACUGCAAGGAGGGAAUACUGGUCAAGAACUUCUUAGAUGAGGAUUAUGAGGUUCCCAAGAUAACCAUGAUUAAUAAUAUUAUCCACAAUAAUGAAGGCUAUGGUGUGGUCCUGGUUAGACCAGCGAUACCCUCUGAAAUGAAGGAUGCUUCAGCACAGGAAACAAAAGGGAACACACAACCUACCCAGGCAGAUGAUGAGACAGCCUGUGCAGAGGGCUCCAGGCAAGAGCAACCUGGAUGUGUAACUGAUGAGUUGGAGCUUUAUAAGCAAGCUGAGACUUCUUAUGAACAAACUGAAAACAACUCUGAAAUUGCAAAUGUACUCGGGGCUACUUCUGCAAAGAAGAGGCAGACACACAAGAAAAGACUGAGUGAACUGGGAUUUACAGAAGCUGAUGACAACUUAAUGUCACAGGAAAUGUUUGUCUCUGUUGAGGGCAAUCAGUUCAAAUGGAAUGGGAAAGGAAGUUUUGGUAUCUUUUUUUUCUGACCUGACUCUUGCUGGCAUUGCAGUAGGAUUUGUGCAGUUAUUGAUUAGGUCACGUGCCAAGAGUUGUGCUGUGGUGUUAUGUUUUUAUUACCCAGGUGUAAUCCCUAUUAAAGGACUAUGGCUAAAAACGCACUUGAUUCUUCUGUCUCAUCUUCCCCAUGCUUUUAAAUCUGCUGGGUGAGCUGCCUUUGAGAUGCACAGGCAGCACUUCUUUCUCUUGCACUUCAUUUUUAGCCUGGCUGGGCUCUCGACAAUGUCUUGUCUCUGUUUUUAAAAUCAGCUUUAUCACCAAGGCGGGGGAGAAUAGGUCAGAGUGGCCCAGAGUGGGUCUGGCCCCACGUCCCUGCUCCAGCAGGGUCAUCCCACAGCUUGUGACCCAGGAUUGUGUCCAGACAGUUCUGGAAUGUCCCCAGUGAGGGAGACUCACACUCUCCAUGUCAGCCUGUUCAGUUCUGAGUCACUGCACUGCAAAGCUCCUGCUCGUGUUCAGGUGGAACUUCCUGGGCAUCAGUUCCUGCUCCAUACCCUCAGCAACCCUCACUGUAUAAAUAAACCACAGCACCUGACAAAGGUGGGGGAGUUAGGAGGAGAAAUCCCCCUCAGCUCUGGCGCUGCAAUAAACAAACACCUGCUCUGUGGGGAUUUCUUUCCAGCCUGGCUUUUGGGCCCCUCACACCUACAGCUUUUGUACUGUGCUACCCCUUUCUUCUUUGAGUUCCCAAAGUCUGCCUUAUGCUGAUGGUGACACAGAAGGCAAGAUGUAAGACAAGCAGAGAAAGAAUAAGGUUUUACAGCAUUAGAUCUUGAAUUACAAAGCAGCCUGGGAGAGCGUGCUGUCCUUCCCCUGCUUCUGGGUGUUCUGUUUUGAGUGCAGACAGGACUCCUGAUUACAUCUGUCUUUUUAGGUACAGAAGAAUCUCUUCCUUUUUUGACUUGUUUGAUAUAUAGGGCGAAACAGCAGAAACCUUUUGGCCUUAAGAUGGGAUGAUAGGAGGUGUGAAAGCCUUUGUCUUGCAUCUCACCACUUUUCUGGUCUUUGAAGUGAUUCCCUUCUGUUCCCUCAUUUAGUGGAAACAAACUGUAAACCACGACUGCCCGGAGUAUUCCCUGUUCAGAUAUGUCUGUCUUGUGCUCCAUUUCCAUUCGUGGGGGAGGUUUCAUAGAGGAGCAUAUCUUUCUUUUUGGCAUGGUUUCAUAUAGUAAUAGAUUGCUUUUCAGUUGUGACGUUUUGCAUUUUCUUUUGGACAUGAAAUUGUAACAAUUAUAAGCCUGUAAUUGUCUCACAGCAGAUAGAUGCUCGAUGAUUUUAAUUAGAAUAAUUAAAUUCAGAGAGAGCAGCUGAAUUAGCCAGAUUUAAGUUAUUUCAAUGUAUCCAUUUUUUGCAUGGACAUUUCAUUAUGGUAAGUUUUAUUCUGCCUUUUUGGCCAUGUAUACCAGGCUAACUCUUGCUCUUUGCUGAAUAGUAAAGUGAUAUAAUAAAUUAAUCUCUUGGACUUAUAAAAUUGCAAUUUCUUUCAAAUCAAUAAAGAAAUUGCUGAAACCCCCCCACAGAUG